UUUGACAAGUGGGAAUGGGAAUCGAAUGGGAAAUGGGACUCUCUUUCACUCACGAUUUAAUAUUAAGCAAGAGCAAGAAGCGAUCUUUUUUAUCGGUUUUCUGCGGUGUCAAUUACUUAUUAGGCUUCAAUCUGAGUUUCAAUAAAUAAUUAGCUAUUUAUUUAAAUUUACGUUAAUUAUAUCCACCUUUGAAGUGUUUGUGUGUAAGCAGUAAUUCUCAUCGCCUUGCAGAGCUGCAAUAGGUUUACAGAUUUGAACACGAUACAAGACUCCUAGAUUGAUGACUUUCAUUCGUCAAUCAAAGUUGGGAACACAAAAUGAAAAGAAGUAAUUUAUGACGCAGCGGUGCUGACGUUUGGACCGAGCAACCUGUGAGAGAAGAGCGCGAAUCUCCCGGAGCGAGAUAUAUGGCUAGAGAAACACCUUUUACAAGGAUAUUUCUGUGAAGUCGGGGUGGUCCAUGCCCCACGCGGCGCCAGCUACCGUCAUGUCGGCCCCGCCGCGCCACCCCCACUUCUACACCGUUGAGGUCGGCGACACAAGGUUCACCAUCCUCAAGCGCUACCAGAACCUGAAACCCAUCGGAUCGGGAGCCCAGGGAAUUGUAUGUGCCGCAUACGACACAGUGACGCAGCAGAAUGUGGCCAUCAAGAAGCUGUCGAGGCCGUUCCAGAACGUGACGCACGCCAAGCGAGCCUACCGCGAGUUCAAACUCAUGAAGCUGGUCAACCACAAGAACAUAAUCGGCCUCCUAAACGCGUUCACGCCUCAACGCAGCCUCGAAGAGUUCCAGGACGUGUACCUGGUAAUGGAGCUGAUGGACGCGAACCUCUGCCAGGUGAUCCAGAUGGAUCUCGACCACGAGCGGAUGAGCUACCUGCUCUACCAGAUGCUGUGCGGCAUUAAGCAUUUGCAUCUCGCCGGAAUUAUUCACAGGGAUCUGAAGCCGUCCAACAUAGUGGUGAAGAGCGAUUGCACGCUGAAGAUCCUGGACUUCGGUCUGGCGCGCACGGCCGGCACCACCUUCAUGAUGACGCCGUACGUCGUCACGCGCUACUACCGCGCGCCGGAGGUGAUCUUGGGUAUGGGCUACACCGAGAACGUGGACAUCUGGUCCGUGGGCUGCAUCAUGGGCGAGAUGAUCCGCGGCGGCGUGCUGUUCCCCGGCACCGACCAUAUCGACCAGUGGAACAAGAUCAUAGAGCAACUGGGCACGCCGUCGGCGGCGUUCAUGGCGCGGCUGCAGCCCACCGUGCGCAACUACGUGGAGAACCGGCCGCGCUACGCGGGGUACUCCUUCGAGCGGCUGUUCCCCGACCUGCUGUUCCCCAGCGACAGCAACGACCACAACCGGCUCAAGGCGUCGCAGGCGCGCGACCUGCUGUCGCGGAUGCUGGUCAUCGACCCCGAGCGCCGCAUUUCCGUGGACGAGGCGCUGCUGCACUCCUACAUCAACGUCUGGUACGACGAGGGGGAGGUCAAUGCGCCGGCGCCCGCGUCGUACGACCACUCGGUGGACGAGCGCGAGCACACGGUGGAGCAGUGGAAGCAGCUGAUCUACCAGGAGGUGGUGGAGUACGCGGCGCCGCCGUCCGCCGCGCUGCCGCCGCCGCCGCCCGACCUCGCGCACCCCGCGCUCACCACAUAGGCUUCAACCGAGCUGACCGCCGAGAUAUAAUCGUCUACUGCAGUGUGAACACUGCAGUCAGCCACAGACCAGUGGUUCGGCGGCGAAGCUUCACAUUAUAUGACGAUUAACUAUGAUGUACAUAUAUCUAACCCGGAAAAUGUUAUGUGCAAUAUUCGGAUCAGUGCAAAGUUCGUUCAUUAUCACGUGUAAAGUGAGUGAAUGUAUCAGAAUUAGGCAGCUUAAUAUUAUAAUCAUAGCGUAGACGAAACGUAAAUUUGUACUCCAUUUAAGUAAUCGAGUUUGUAUGAUUUGGCAAUCCGUUUCUUGUAGUUUGUUCCUGUUUCUAAUGAUAAAUAGUGUAAGUGGUGUGGUGUUGUAGAAACGAUAUUGUAAUAAAACAUCAUCGUGUUUUGAUACAUGUAAUUUUGUAAGAGCGAGACAGAUAUAUUUCCGAAUUACAUCUUCACCUCGCUUUGACAGAGCGAGAGAGAUAACAAAUUGUUUGUACAAUAUUAUUUCUAUCUCUUUCGUCUGACGAAACACUAAGAAAGAGGUAAUCAUUUUGGACAAAGAAUUUGAUAAUUGAAAAGACGCGAGUUAAAGUGCAUUAUUAAAAUCUUUAAAUCGUUUCUGCAAUGGCACGAGAUGACAAGAUAAAUAGUUUUAUUUGUCUGACACGAACGCUGUUUGAGUAAGCUCGACAUUAAUCGCUCCCUGAUUCGUUUCCACGUUUUGUUUGCAUGAGGAGUGCCUUUGCGAAUCAACAAGGUGAUUACAGCUUAAGGACUGACUUUCAUAUGUUUGGAUAUUUUUGUAUAUGAAUUUAUAAGAUCCAUUCACAUUCACGAUACAUAUAUUCUUUCGUCUUUUAUUUCAAACACUGAUAAUAAUGUUAUUACGCAUGAUAAUAAAAAGUUGAGCUUAUUAAUAUGUGUUGUCCGAAUUGUUUUGUGUAAUUUAAUUUAAUGUAUUGUUGAUAGUUUAUGUGGACGAACACAAUUGCAAAUUUAGAUAUACAAUGCCAAUUUUUCUAACGAAUUUUCGAAUGACAUGAUGCCAUCAACAUUGCCAUAGAAAAUUGUCGCUUAAGUUCGUACGUCGAAGAGUAGAUCAUUGAAGAUUCGACCUUGUGUUUAUUGAUAAUAAGUGUCAAAACAGAGUGUAUUAACAAGAUAGAUUGAAGAAUGAACUUUGUGUAAAUUGUAAUAAAGUGUAAUAUCAAUUCACCAACACAAGUGUCUACUGAAGCGUUUUCGAAUUUCUUGGCGUAAAAUUUGCAAUCGUGCGAGACUCGUGACUUCGAUGUGUAUUAUACUUUCGUUAGCCACCAAGUCAGUGAUUUCGUGAUGUUGAUAGAUAUCCGUAGGUAGACUCUUAGACAUUGUUGAUAUAUUGACUGUAAGAGAAUAGCAUAAGGACAUUUCUACCUAAGUAGUUUCUUAUAGUUGCCUCACACGUUGCUGGUUAUGUGUAAAGUCAUAAAAAAUGAUUAAAAUAAAAAAUGCAUUUUGUUAACUUCAAACUGUUGUCUAAAACCACGUUCAAAUACUGCCGUUUUUUUAUUGAAUGUGUUUGGAUUUUUUUCUUUACGAUUUUGACAUGUCCUAAUUGUGAUACUAAUGUAUUAAAAUCCUUAUGAAAUUCGGAAAAGCGCUAUAUAUUUCCGUAAGCUUGUGACAAUAAUACGGGUCGCAACUGUAUAAUGUUUUUAUAAGACAAGAAAUAGGGCAUAGGUGUGUUAAAUUUAUCGAUCGAUUUUAGCUAUUCCGCUCACACACAUGGAACAUCCACGAAAAUUGAUGCUAUAAACUGCAUUUGAACGAAAAAAAAACUUCUCGAUAUAUAGCAGUAUUACAAAUAAAAGGUCACUCAAUGCGAAUAAACAAUAAUUUCACAUAAUAACAGAAAUACCAGCAUUUCUUAACAACAGCUUACGUGUGAGGUAGUAGGUUAUUGUUUGAAACCUCACUAGGUGAUAUAAUAAGAUAAUGAACGGUACUGUAUCGGGUUUCGGCAAAUAGCACAAUAUACUAGGUAUAACGGACGGAGGUUGGAUUGUGAUGUUCUCACGGCGUUUUGUAUCGAUGUUGAUAAAUGAAGCAAUAAUAAUUAGAUAAAAUAGUUUUCGCUGCGCCCAUAAUUGAUAACGCUAAUAAGAUAAUAUAGUUAAUGACAUCUUGAUAAUACUAUAAAACAUCAGAAAAGUAAGUAUGACUUUGUAAGUAAGUAUGAAAACAAAACGCAAAAUUUUGCGUUCUUUGCGUUGCAAAGAACUUCGAAAAUGGAAUGUUCCAAAGUUUAAAUGGAAACGGUUGUCUAUGUAAAUACGCGGCCAGUGAUAUCUAGUGUGAGCGCAGUGAUUGCUAAGCAUAUAGUGAUGAAUAAUACAUAAUACUUUCUACUUCCUUCGUAGUCGGGCAAGGUUUAUUUCGCUCUAGACAUAUCAGUGUGGAAAUCUGACGACAUCGAUUCUUGAUGCCUGAUCUGUCCUCAUACAAAUGUUCCUUUACUUUUGUUCCAAUGUGUUAUAGUCUCGAUGAAGAUGAAAUGUAUGAAAACAAGUUAUAAUUACUGUGUUGUCUUAUUUUUGGUCAUUGUCAUAACCAAGCCAAAUUUAGCCGUGCAUAAAAAAGUUAUGACAUGACAUGCGUACAGGGAAAUAUUUGUUUUUUGGACUCAAUUUUAAACCCAGGCAAUAGUCCCUCUUUGUAUGAGAUUAGAAAACGUGAUGCCUAAAACUAUUCAUAAAACAGUUGAACCAUACUAAAUCUUAUAUAUAAUGUUUAUUCACUGUAUCUGCAAUAUUUGCUACAGAAAGAGACAAAACAUAUUUUAGCUUACAGUAUUUUUAACUUUUUUAUGAAUAACAAGAUAUUUCCCGCCUAUGCGCAUGUCUUAAUGUUGCAAGUUAAAAAAUACCUCGAACAAGCUUUCGAAAACUAUCAUAAAAAAUCUAAAUCAAAUUCAACUAUUUAUACUGACAAAGGUAAUGUAAAACCUUUAGGAGUACCUAUACAAAACUUAGAUGUAAGGUUUGUAAAUAUUAAUACCAUAGACUAAAUGGAACGAAAGUGAAGAAUAUAGAACAUUUAACCUUAGGAAUUUCAUUUGAUCACUAUAGUGAAUAUAAAUCACAACUGUACGUCCAAAUUGUCCAUAUGUUAAUGUACCUAAUACAAAUUACAAUAAUGUAAUCGUAGAAUGUAUUUUAGUACACUUGAAGGCAAGAUAAGGUGUAGCGGACGUCUCUGUCUGCGAAUUCUAGUAUACAUAACUGAGUUACACUUGAUGACUAUCUAAAAACUUAUUUUUACUGUACACGUAAGUUAUUUCAUAUUUUAACUGAAUAAAAUCGAAUUGGUUAUUAUAAAA